AAACAUACAUUUUGUAUUAAAUUCGUCACUGUUUAAUUAUAUUCAAAAUUAUUAUAAUAAUUGGUCACGUGACUGACUAAAUUGUCUUAAAUUUACAGAAAUUAAAAGUAAAGGUUCACUCAGUCUUUUACACUGGUUUGAGGAAAGUAAUUCGGUUGAUAGCUUUAAUGUUUUAAGUAUUAAAUAUAACACCUGAACAUGGAAAUAUUUAAUAAUUUGAACUAUGUUGUCAAGCCGUUACUUGUUGUUUGGUUGGUAUCCAUGUUACAGAUAAGCCAUGCCGACAAAGACGAUAGCAGCAGUUCUUUAGAAAUACAUCAAGUACCGACAUGUAACAGAAUGGAGGUUCCUGGAUUUCCAAAUUUCUACACAGAAAUGUUUGGAUUUUUCUGGGAUACUUUACAGUGUCCAGGAGAGUUGGUGUUUAAUCCUGUUUACUGCGGAUGUAUAUUUCCGUUUAAUAUGCCUUCAAUUUUACCACUAAAUAAUAUGGCCCCUGCUAAUGCUGAUAUACCAAUGUUACUGGCCAUCCCACAAGAAGCUCCACCUCAACUCCAAUUGCCAACACCUCAACCCUUUGUUCCAGUUCCAUUGCCUCAAACACUGGCACCUUCUCCAACACCGACAACCACAACCACUACUACAACAACAACAGAGGCAGCACCAAUUCCAGUCCGAGAAAUACUACUAUUCUUCGAAACCCCUAAACCACGACCGCCACCUACAUUCCCAAAACCAACACCAAAAAGAACAACAACAACUACAACAACAACAACUGUUCCAACAACCAGAGUUGUAACAUUUGCACCGACAGAAACAACUACAGCAACAACAAUUAUGAGAACUGUUAAGCCAUCCACACCAAAACUAACCACAACCACAACAGAGAAGCCGGAAGGUCGGGGCAUUGUUAGAUUCUUAUUUAGUUUUGACAAGUUGAUACCAAGAAGGACAAAGGCGCCGACCACUACGCCAGUAGCUUUGAUAAGAAACUCGGUUGUUCGGGAAGAGGAAGUGGUGGUAGAGUCAGGAUCAUUGUCAAUAAAAUCAAUAUGUUCGGGCUGUAGAUUUGAUGGUGGUGUUGGAUACAAGAGUCACGAGAGGGACUGUGACAAGUAUGUCAUGUGUUCACCUAGUGGUGUCCAGGGUAGCAUGAAGGCAGAUGUUCGAGGAUGUGGCGUUGGCGAAUACUGGGACCAGUCUUUGCUAACAUGUCGAUUGUCAACAGAUGUACCGUGCCCAGCAGAUAAAUGUCGUGCAAUGGGUAAUUGGUACACGUACAAUUACCAUGGAGACUGCCGAGCAUACUGGAAAUGUGAAAAUGGUGUGUCAAUAGGUCGUUGCUGUCCAAGAGGUCAAGGUUACGUUGAAGGAGUCGGAUGUCUUCGAAAUCCAUCAUGUAAAUCGAAUUGCGGGCUACCAGUUAUUGAAAUAGGUUGUAUCAAGAAAGCUGUGCCAGGCAAUCCUAGGAAAUUUCGACAAACUAUAGAAGGACAUGGAGUGAUAGACAUGGAUUGUGCGGGCGGAACGGUCUUUAAUCCUGAUACAUGCGACUGCCAAACUGACCAAACCGUUGUAUAUAAAAGCCAAGGUAAUUUGAGAUUUGUUAGAUAA